UGUGUGUGUGUGUGUGUGUGUGUGUGUGUGUGUGCGUGUCUCUCGGGAUCAGGGCUGUCCCACUCUCUCUGCUCUGAACAAACAGGAAGUGGGAACAUCACAAGGAGCAGGACAGGAUUCUGGGACAUCACCUCGGAGUGGCAGCCAUGUUGCGUUCUGCGACUCUGCACUGAGUGUGUGUGUGUGUGUGUGUGUGUGUGUGUGUGUGUAAAAUGGAGACUGAUAGAACAGGACUGAUUGAGGUGCUGGUUGAAAACACUUGACUACCACUCUGUGUGUGUGUGUGGAGGGGGAGGGGGUUGUCGUGGCAAUGGGGAGCUCGGCGUCGUCGUUGACGACAGAGACGGAGCCUGAGCACGGGUUCAGCAGGUCGUCAUACCCAGCGACGCCCCCUGUAGGCUGGAUACGGAACAGUCACAGCAGCCCAGUGUGGGGGAGCCGAGAACACACACACCAUCACACACACCACCGCCCGCGCAGUCUCUCUCACUCCCGCGGGUCGAUGAUGGAGGCCAUGGUUCUUGGCUCUGAUUGGUCAUGUGUUCGUUGUACCUUCUUAAACCCGGCGGGGUCUCCACGUUGCUCCAUUUGUGAGGCACCUCGUAACAAACCUGAUCUGAACAGAAUUCUACGUCUCAGCAGCUGCUGGACCUGCCCACGCUGCACACUGACCAAUCACAGUGCAUCAGGGGCGUGCUCAGUAUGUGGAGCACCACCCAAUUCAUCAAAUGGCCCUACCCCUUCUUCUUCCUCUCCGUCCAUCUCAGAACCCAUUACUUCUAACUCAGAGCCUAAACGGCAGCAUGUGGAUGAGGACUUGGUAAACAAGUCUGAGCCUAAUGGGGAAGUAGGAAACACUGAAGUGGGUGUGGUAUCAGGAUGGGCGUGUCCUCGGUGCACGCUUUUGAAUACACCCACAGCGAUGUCAUGCUCAGCUUGCGGAGGCCCGCGGAAACUUUCGCUUCCCAAAAUCCCACCCGAGGCACUGGUAGUUCCGGAAGUCCGGACGCCAGUGUCUGGUUUUCCUGCACAAAAUGCUGGAGCGGUCCUCAUUGACCUCACUGAAGACUCGCCUCCUAACCCUGCCCCUUCUCAGACACCAUCUCCACCUCCUAACAGUACCCACUUCCUUCCUCCUUCCUUGUCCUCUUUGCAAAAUAAUCCUGUUCCUCGCAGCAGACGCGAAGUCCCACCCCCUACUUCCCCCUCAACAGGACCUGCCUCCAAACCUAAGCCUCUUCCGUCCUCAGAACCAAUCAAACGCCUUAGUGUGCUUGAUGAGGAGGAGCCAAGUCCUAACCACCCAGCCCCACCUUCUUGGAAAUGCCCCGGAUGCUCGGCUCCUUCUGGUCCUUCAGUAUCUUCAGCAGGACGCUGUGAUGCCUGUAGAGGACCACGCCAGGGCACGGGGCCGAGCGCAGAUGUCAUUGAUGUCCUUGGCGAAUCGGUUCGAUUCACUCCAGCCACACCCUCAAGUCCUGAUUUUACGUCAUGGGCAUGUUCCAAGUGCACAUUGCGGAAUCCUACAGGGUCAGGACACUGCAGCGCAUGUGGAACCUCCAAACUUCAUGGAUUCUCUGAGCCCUUUGCUAAAAUGACCUCACACACACCUCGAGGGACAGGGCAAGGUGAGAAGUGGGCGUGUCCGGCAUGCACACUGCUAAAUGAGGUGUGCGUGAAGCACUGUGUGGCGUGUCACACAGCUCAGCGCUACUUGAGAACCAGAAGGGUGAAGGCACUACGCCGCAGAGAGAGCGUUCACGUGGAGCAGCGGAGGAAAACGGAUGAGGGCGAAGCUAAAGAACUGUGGGAGAACAUCGUCAGCUUCUGCAGAGAGAACGCAGUGAACUUCGUCGACGACAGUUUUCCUCCUGGUCCCAGAUCAGUGGGCUUCCCGGAGAGUGACAGUGUCCAGCAGCGAAUCAAAAAGUGGCUCCGCCCACACGAGAUCAACUGCAACAACUUUAAGGAUCGUGGGGUGAAGUGGACAGUGUUCCGAACACCUCGUCCAUCUGAUAUCCUACAAGGGCUUCUGGGGAACUGCUGGUUCCUGAGUGCGUUGGCCGUGUUAGCGGAGCGUCCUGAGCUGGUGGAGCGAGUGAUGAUCACCCGCACGAUCUGUCCUGAGGGAGCGUAUCAGGUUCGACUGUGUAAAGAUGGAACGUGGACGACAGUGCUGGUGGACGACAUGCUGCCGUGUGAUGAGUACGGAUACCUGCUGUUCUCACAGGCUCAGAGGAGACAGUUGUGGGUGGCUCUGAUAGAGAAGGCCCUGGCGAAGCUGCAUGGUUCGUAUUUUGCGCUGCAGGCCGGUCGAGCCAUCGAGGGCUUGGCCACUCUGACUGGAGCUCCAUGUGACAGCCUCAACCUGCAGGUGAACAACACCAACCCGCGCGAGGAACCCAUCGACACCGACCUCAUCUGGGCCAAGAUGAUCAGCUCCAAGGAGGCGGGUUUCCUGAUGGGGGCGUCAUGUGGAGGCGGGAACAUGAAGGUGGAUGAUGCUGUAUACGAGUCUCUGGGGCUCCGUCCACGACACGCCUACUCCAUUCUGGAUGUCCGGGACGUUCAAGGCUACAGGCUGCUGCGUCUGAGGAACCCGUGGGGACGGUUCUCCUGGAACGGCUCGUGGUCAGAUGAGUGGCCCGAUUGGCCACAGCACUUGAGGCAUGAGCUGAUGGCUCACGGGAGCAGCGAGGGAGUGUUCUGGAUGGAGUACGGAGACUUCAUCAAGUACUUUGACUCAGUGGAUAUCUGUAAGAUACACUCAGACUGGCAUGAGGUGCGUGUACAGGGUUCGUUCCCCAGCAGGGCCAGUGGACCAAUCACAGUGAGCGCUCUGACUGUACUGGAGAGAACCGCCCUGGAGUUCGCUCUGUUCCAGGAGGGGAGCAGGCGUUCCGACUCUGCAGAUAAUCACCUGCUGGAUCUGUGCAUCAUGGUGUUCCGGGCCUCGUUCUCCAGCGGGAAUAAGCUGACGCUCGGCCGCUUGCUCGUUCACAGUAAGCGUGCGGUGAAGAAGUUUGUAGGCUGUGACGUGAUGCUGGAGCCGGGAGAGUACGCCGUCGUCUGCUGUGCCUUUAACCACUGGAACAGCGGGGGAACACCAGUGUCGAGCCCCACUGCCCCUCCUCGGGCGUGUCCUGAUUCUCCGGGCUUCAUUUUGGCCAUCUACAGCUCCAGACAGGUGAUGGUGGAGCAAGUCGACGCCACGGCAACCACGCUCGCAGACGCCAUCAUACUACUGACGGAGAAUAAAGGAGAGAGACACGAGGGCCGUGAGGGUAUGACGUGUUAUUACCUCACUCAUGGGUGGGCGGGGCUUAUCGUUGUCGUGGAGAACCGACACCCGAAGUUCCACUUGCACGUGUCAUGUGACUGCACGGACAGCUUUAAUGUGGUAUCAACACGCGGCAGCCUGAAGACUAUAGACAGUGUUCCACCACUACACAGGCAGGUUCUCGUGGUUCUCUCUCAGCUGGAGGGGAACGCCGGGUUCUCCAUCACACACCGUCUGGCUCAUCGUAAAGCAGCGCAGGCCAAUCUGGGCGACUGGACUCCCACUAAAGCCACGCACUCGCCACAGCUCACACCUGAUACAGAGGGACUGCACAAGCCCCGCCCACUCUGACACACGCCCACAUAUGCCCACACACACACUCAUGAGGGGUGGAGCAUAGCGGAACUACUGAGCCAAUCCAAUCACACGACUGCUCCUGGAGCCAAACACACACACACUCUCACACACACACACACACACACACACACACACACACACACACACAUAUACACACACACACACAAGGACGGACAUGAGCUCAAGGAUACCGCCAUUAGUGAUACACACUGUGUGUGUGUGUGUGUGUGUGUGUGUGUGUGUGUGUGUGCGCGUGCGAGUACGAGCCAAACCUGCAGGAAGUCUCCGAGCGUCUCCUCCGUUUUUAUACCUGCGUGUCAGGCUGUCUGAAAACCCAAUUAAAUGUCUUUUUUUUUCUUUCGUGUCAUGUGCUCUCAUUAGCAUAUAUGGGUGGGGCUUAAUUUGCCACAGCCAAUCAGGGAGCCAGAGGGAGAAAUACUUGAAGGGAAUGUGUGCUAAUGUGUAGAGACCAUGGCUGUGUUCCAGUCUUCAUUCACUAGCCCUUGACGACUUCCCCUUGGUCCUCACCUCUCCAUGGCAGGAGCAGUGAAGUCACUAAUACACAUUCGAUGCUAGGGUUAGGGGCUAGGGACAUGCUAACAAGUCUAAUUAGCAAGCACGCUAAUCAGUUAGCAUGCUAAUACAGUUUCCUGCAGGUUAGCUUCAUUAGUUUAUUAGCUGUAAGUUGGCAAGUUAGCUUGCAAGCCAGUUUACAUAAUUUGCAUAUGGUUUAGUGACACGUUAAAGUCCUUUAGGGGAAGUCAUUGAGGCAGUGAUGAAAACAGUACUGGAGCACUGUGUGUCUGUGUGUGUGUGUGUGUGUGUGUGUGUGGAGGUGGUUGGUGUGUUAGCUGACGGGGGGAGAAAAGCACAAAAUGAUGGUGAGGAAUGGAGUGCUCUGAUUGGUCAGGUGGGUGUUGCCAUGGUUUCUUUUGAUCUGUCCUUUUUUCAUGUGUUUAAUGUAAUCAGGUCAGUAGCGCCCUCUGCUGGCACACACACACACACACACACACACACACACACACACACACACACUUGUGAACAACUCAUUCCAAGUUUAGUUCCCCUUUUGCUUUUAUAUUAACCUCCACUCUUCUAUGUGAAGGUUAUGCCUGAGCCCUCACUAUACA